AUGACAUCAAACAUUUGGGGGGAUAAGUGGCUCUCUGCCAGUCAUGAAUGCCAGUGGGCAGGAAUGAUCUGUGAGACUGUGCAAACAAAGGCGAAAACAGUUGUUGGGGUAUCAGUUCGGUGGAAUCAGCUCAAUGGCCCUCUUCCAUGGGAGAUUGCACUAUUGCCACACCUGAAACAGCUACAUUUGGACGACAACAUGCUGAGUGGAAUGCUGCCACCAAAGCUGCUCUCUUUUUCAUUGAAACAACUCCACUUGAGCAUUAACCAACUCUCAGGACCUAUCCCUGCUAGAUGGUUUGAAAAUCUCCGUGAUGGAAAUGCAAAACUUACCAGCCUUCAAAUCUAUGAAAACAGAUUGACCGGAAAUAUUCCAUCCGAAGUGGGGUUGUUUCCAAUGGAGGUGGUUUAUCUGCACCGGAAUCAGCUGAAUGGGUCCCUGCCCGUCGAACUCUUUUCCCACACCUCCCUGAGGAUAUUAUUGCUGGGACACAAUGACUUCACAGGCACUUUUCCAAGUGAAAUUGGACUGCUGACAAGCUUGAAGGGGGGCCUAUAUUUGGGUCAUACCCAUAUUUCAGGAACCUUGCACUCAGAGAUUGCCCUGCUGAGCACACUUAAGGAGAUUGAUUUGUCCUUUACAAACAUGCACGGGACACUCCCGGAAGAAGUGUACACUGGACUUACAGACCUUCGUGCCUUUUCUGGCAAUAACUGCAACUUUUCUGGGACUAUCAGUUCAUCACUUGGUCUUUUGACAGACCUUGGGUGGCUGGACCUAUCAAAUAACAACUUUGAUGGCACAAUUCCCAAUGAGAUUGAGGCACUGACUGAGCUGCGUCGAUUGCUGGUGAAUGGGAAUCAGUUCACUGGUACUGUUCCUAUGCAUGUAUGUCAUUCUGCUGCUUAUGUUGAUAACUAUGGAGGCACUUCAUUGGUUGUGGCUGACUGCUUGCCCAAUCAAGAGACCGGUGUGCCCAAAAUUGAAUGUGCUGCGGAUUGCUGCACCAGUUGCUGUGACAACACAGGAGUUUGCCUUGCUAACUAG